AUGGCCGAGAUUCCACCCGAAGUAGCGGCAUACCAGCUGUCUCAUCUCCACGAGGAUGAAUCUCAAGAGCUGGGCGCGUUCUACAUAGUAUGCAUCGUCGCGGCAUUUGUGUGUAUGGUGUCAAAAAUCACGUCCCGGCGCGUGGCCCGUGUUGGUCUCAAGGCCGACGACUUCGCGUUUCUGAUUGGAGCAACCAUAGCCGAAGGCACUUUUAUAGUGUUGAUGAUUUAUGGUAGGAGGAAGAUACCUGCCACCUUAGCGCAGAAAGACAGACUUACUCGUCGACAGCUUUCAGAGCUGGUCUGGCUGAAUUAUGCGUACAAUAUCCUCAAUGUUCUCUGCUACCCCAUCAUCAAAAUAUCAAUCCUCCUUUUAUACUAUCGAAUUUUUGGUUCUAGUAGGCGGUUCCGGUUGAUUAUAUGGGUAUGCGUUGCGUUUCUUACGGCUAUCGGCAUUUCAACGACGCUCGUCGCUAUUUUCGCCUGCAUCCCUGUUCGAGGGUUCUAUGAUUCUUCAGUCCCAUCGCGUUGCAUCGAUGCCGUUUCAUUCUAUUGGGCACAGGCCGUUCUCAAUAUUAUCACCGAUGCCAUCAUCCUCGUAUUGCCUCUGCCGGUGGUGUGGAAGCUUCAGACAACCCUGCGGCGGAAAAUUGCCAUCUCCCUGCUCUUCAUCCUUGGUGGGCUCACCUUUGCUUUAAGCAUUGUCCGAGUUGUUCACUAUCUCCAAUACGAUACAAAUGACCCCUCCUAUUCCUUCAUUGGAAGUGGAUAUAGUGCCCCUGGAGAAGUCACCAUGGCGAUCGUUUGCGCUGCAGCACCAACUUGGCGUCCACUCUCCCGCAGACUUACCGAGAUGGCCCGCAGCCACUGGUCUAGCCUUCGCAGCAGUGGACCUGACUACGAUGUGGAAGCGAAAGGAAAGUCCAGCAGCCACAAAUCAUCCCAAAGCGGGCCUAGCGAGCAUGACCACAAUCAUAUGGAGCUCCCGCCUGUACCCCCAAUUCCUCAGGGCACGCAGCAUAGUGUUUACGACGCAAGGCUCAUAGGAGCAAAUCAGUCGCACGCGGAGGCUUACAGGGAUCCUCUAGCAUCAGAGGGGCUCUCGGAAGAAAGCUACGGCAUUUCCACAGGGCAGCACCGAGGUAUUCAGGUCCAGCGGGAGGUUACGGUGGAAGACGAUCGAAACAGGUCUUGA